CACGUGUGACGAUCGAAUUCACAAAAUACUCCAGUCCAAUUUUUUAAUUUUUUCAAUUUGAAGACUUGAUUUAUGUUUAAUGUUGUGAAUAACAAAUUAUGGUUCGGUACUUGAUAUAUUUGGCGUACAUAGGCAGCCGCUACAGGGGUGCAGCUAAACAAAUUGGAUGCGAGAGGCUUAUGGACAUUGACACCAUCCAAGGGGCUUUGGAAACGUGUUUGUAUACGACUGUCAUGCCUAGGAGUAUUAUAAAACCAGUGAUAUAUACAUCAAGCAGAACUGACGCUGGGGUUCACGCCCUCUGUACCACUGUUCACGUGGACCUCGAGCAUCCAGAAGGCAUCAUCUACGACACAGACCCAAUAAUCCGACGAUCUAAUUUGUAUUUCGCGAAGUGUGGCCACGAGAUUCGAUUGGCGAAGAUUUUACCUGUUACUGAUGAUUUUCACGCGAGGAAGUCAGCCAAGUCUAGGGAAUAUUUUUAUCGUUUUGGGGUUGCCAAGAAGAAUACGGAGCAUAGGAUACCAAUUGCUGAAUUGGGGAGGUCCUGGCAUGUUCGGGGGGAGGAUAUCGACAUAGAUGCCUUGAGACGAGCAAUUCCCCUAUUUCUGGGUAAAAAAAACUUCGAGACAUUCGCAGCGAAGAACCGCACGAACCGCGAGAUAAACUACGUCAGGUCGCUAUCAUCCCUGAGCCUCGAGGAGGUCCCCUCCCUCAUGCCCCUCGAUCCCCUGUCUGAGGGAUUCACUUUCUGGCAGAUAAACGUGGCAGCCAGAGCGUUUCUCUACAACCAAGUUCGGAGGAUCGUCGGCUCCCUCAUUGGAAUAGCCUCUGGGACCCUCACGGAACGAGAGGUAAAGUUCAUGCUGCAGGUGCCCAACAAUCAGAACUGGCUGUCUUCGAUUCAGAUAGCACCCCCUCAGGGACUCUAUCUCAAAUCCGUUAAUUAUGACGAGGAGGAGAUGCAGAAUAAGUACCUUAUUCAUCAUGAAGGGACUCCAGAGGAGCCCAAGAAGAAGAUGCUGUCUGCAAUAAUGUGAAUGGUGAUUUU